GCCGUUUUCGCCGCCAUCUCACAAUCGUCCACGAGGAUUACCUCAUCGUCGCCUUCAUCCUCCGCGCUUGUCGUCGUCAACGAUGACAAACUCUCGCAGCGCCGGCCAAGCGAAAAGGGGAGGGGACGUUCUUGAAAAGAAUGUGCCUGUUGUGGAGAAGAAGGGAAGGCAUCACGCGAAGAAGCGUAAGGUUGUCGCUGGUGGGCCAUCCAAUGCCGGGAAAAGCGUAAGGGAGGAGUGGGUGAGCGACGGCGAGAGCACGGAAGAAGAUGACGCCAUCAAAUCGGGAGAAGAGGAGGCCGUUACACGGAAAGGGUCGUUGCUCACCCGGGGUGCUUUGAAGAUCAACGACACAGAGGUGCGCACGGCGGGGGCAUUGGCAAUGACACGUACGAUGGGGCCACCGGAGGGCGAUCGGUCUGUUCGGGCCCCUUCGUCACCAGCGACGCCACGUCAGCAGCCCGUAAAGGACGGUGGAGGGGGUUCAAACGCGGCUGCUCAAGGGAGCGGACAGGUAGUAUCACGCACCCAUGCGAUGGAGGCGCAAGGUGGCGGGGCAGGGGUGGGGUCUUCCAUGGCAGCUGGAGGCGCUGGGGCUGGCGAAGGCCGUGGCGAUGGCGACGAUGACGAUCCUUUGGUGAACAGACAUAGGGGAGGGUAUGUGAAAGAGGGUAUCGAGGCCGCGACGAGGCUGUGGGUGGAUGAUCUCAGAUUCUGGAACGAGAUGGAGGGACACGGGCUUUAUAAGUUGAUUAUUGAGGCGCACUUGUACCUUUUCGCCAUCACCAGGGGGGUACAACCGCCAGGCAUACGCCGGAGCAUUGCCCUCCCGCACAACACCACCCCCCAGCAUAAAGUGGAAGACGAAUCCGAGCUGAAGGCGGCGAAAGAGAGGGCGACGAGAGUGUAGAGCAUCGCCUUGCGCAUUAUCCAUGCGUGGAUCUUCAAGUCCGCCAGCCGGUCACGUGGCUACCAUGCAGCAUACGGCU